AUGAACUACAGUAACUUGGAAAUGGGAAUCAUUUUCAUCACUCAGAACGGAGCAGGAAUUCUGGGAAACACCUCCCUUCUUUGUCUCUAUUCCUUCGCUCUACUCACUGGACAUAAGAUGAGGCCCACAGACUUGAUUGUUAACCAGUUGGUUUUAGCCAACAACUUGGUUCUUUCCUCCAGGGGCAUUUCACAGACAAUGGAGGCUUUUGGAUGGAGAAACUUCCUGGGUGAUAUUGGAUGUAAGGUUGUGAUGUAUUUACAUCGAGUGGCGAGAGGGGUGUCACUUAACACCACCUGCCUCCUCAGUGGUUUCCAGGCCCUCAGGCUUCGUCCCAGUAGCCCUCGGUGGAUAAGGUCCCCAAUGAACAUUGCCUUGUGCUGUUCUCUCUGCUGGUUUCUAAACCUCCUGAUGAACUCAUUUAUUCCAAUAAAAGUACUUGACUCCCAAAACAUCCAAAAUGGAAGUGGGGCAAAAAGUUUUGGAUAUUGCUCUUCAAAUAGAAGAAAUACAUUUACAGAGUCACUACACACAGCCCUGUUUUUUUCCACCGAUGCUGUGUGUCUGGUUCUCAUGCUCUGGGCCAGUGGCUUCAUGGUCCUUGUUCUGCACAGACACAGACAACAAGUCCAAUACAUUCACAGAAACAGCCUCUCCCCACGACCUUCCCCUGAGGCCAGAAUCACACGCACCAUCCUGAUGCUUGUGACCACC